AUGGACGGAUUCUCUUUCCCACCACCUCCUCCGCCUCCACCAAAAGCAGCAUCAUCAUCACAACCAGAGACACCCAAUCAAUUCAAUAAUCGAGGAGGUAGAGGCGGUCGAGGAGGACGUGGAAACCGUGGUUCGUUCAGAGGUCGAGGAGGCGCACCUCAACGAGGUGGAGGAAAUUUCCAUCAUCAGAACACCAAUUCUACUGGAUAUGGACAAAAUACUGGCAACCCGAGUUAUGGCAAUCAACAGCAACAAUACCAAAAUCCUUUGCAAUAUCAGACUGGUCAACAUUACCAGGCGCCGCAGCAGUAUCAACCUUCUCAGCAAUAUCAAGCGCCACCUGGAUCUUAUGUAAACCCUGCAUUUGGUAGCAUGCAAACUCAAGCCUAUCCUCAACCUCAGAUGCCACAAUACGGACAGCAAACUGUACAUAACGCUGGACAAAGUAACCAACCAUCAUAUGGGAAUUCUAACCAUGCGACUUCUCCACCUGGNAGGAAACGUACACGAGACCAGGCUUUCGGUAACUCAAACAGAGGACAUCCCAUGAAGAAGCCUUCUGGCGCACCAAAAGCUCAAGUUGCGCCCGCAGUCCCUAGCUUCGGUGCCCCGAUCCUCCCGCAGAAGCCUCCCGCACCGCUUUCAUCAGGAGGAGGUCUAAAACAACGGCCUUCAACCGGACUUGGCCUCAUCCCACAAAACUACGGAUCACCAGAAAACUCAGACCAAGAAGACGACGAAGACGAAGAAGAAGUCGACGAAGAAGCCGCGCUGAGUUCCUUGCAAAACGGACCAUUAAGCUUCGAGUUCAAUGGAGAAUUGUCAACAUUGGGUUCUGCAGCAGACAUCGCCGAAUGGAUUGAAGAGCGCAAGAAGCGCUGGCCCAGCAAACGCAGAGUAGAGGAGAGAGAGCUAGAAGUUCAAUCGCGUAUGGAAGAACGCAAACGUAUUGAGCAAGAAACGAGAGCAGCUAUUGCUAGUGCUUCGGGAGGCGAGUAUCAACCUGUGGAAAGAAGGGAUGACCGCCAGCAGAGGCAGAUGAGGAAACCUGCUACUGAGAGACAAGCAAGACAGAACGAGAAUUCGACGCUGGAAGAUACGCAGAAGAAACUUGCACUUCAGACGCAGAAAGUGGACGAGCUACAGACACUUUUGGCCGAGAAGGGACAAGGACAGGAUUCAACUGCCACUGAGACAGCCGAACGAACUGUUGACAGAACAGAACAAUCCGAGCAAGCAGCAGCGACAGAGGAUAUGGACGUUGACCAGGCCUUGGAAACUCCAGGUCAAGACGUUCCCGCAGACGACCAACACCUCUCAGACUCAAACAGCGACGCACCNCCCGAAGAAACCUGUUCGAAACUCUCACAUCCAAUCCGCGUCCCACCACCCACCACCAACCCCAAAACACAGCCGAAACAGCAACAAUCCGAAGCCAAACAAUGCAUCAGCUUCCUCAAUCAAGGACGAUGCAAAUUCGGAAACAAGUGCAGAUACAAGCACGACGCGUCUUCUGGACAGGAAAAGGGAAAGAGGAAGACGUUGUAUCAGAGGGUAAGUUUUGAGAUAUGUUGUGUAUGA